GCGGCGGGAGCGCGUCCCGUCCCGGUCCCGAGGAGCCGCCGCCGCCGCUCGCCAACAUGGCGGACCUGGAGGCCGUGCUGGCCGAUGUCAGCUACCUGAUGGCGAUGGAGAAGAGCAAGGCGACUCCGGCCGCCCGCGCCAGCAAGAGGAUCGUCCUGCCCGAGCCCAGUAUCCGGAGUGUGAUGCAAAAGUAUCUGCAACAGAGAAAUGAAAUAACCUUUGACAAGAUUUUCAAUCAGAAAAUUGGUUUCUUGCUAUUUAAAGAUUUUUGUUUGAAUGAAAUUAAUGAAGCUGUACCUCAGGUGAAGUUUUAUGAAGAGAUAAAAGAAUAUGAAAAGCUUGAUAAUGAGGAAGACCGCCUUUGUAGAAGUCGACAAAUUUAUGAUGCCUAUAUCAUGAAGGAGCUCCUUUCUUGUUCACAUCCAUUCUCAAAGCAAGCUGUUGAACACGUACAAAGUCAUCUCUCCAAGAAACAAGUAACAUCGACUCUUUUUCAGCCAUACAUAGAAGAAAUUUGUGAAAGUCUUCGAGGUGACAUUUUCCAAAAAUUUAUGGAAAGUGACAAGUUCACUAGAUUUUGUCAGUGGAAAAACGUAGAAUUAAAUAUCCAUUUGACCAUGAAUGAUUUCAGUGUACAUAGGAUUAUUGGCCGAGGAGGAUUUGGUGAAGUAUAUGGUUGCAGGAAAGCAGACACUGGAAAAAUGUAUGCAAUGAAAUGCUUAGAUAAGAAGAGGAUCAAGAUGAAACAAGGAGAAACGUUAGCCUUAAAUGAAAGGGUUAUGCUGUCUCUUGUCAGUACAGGAGACUGUCCUUUCAUUGUUUGUAUGACCUAUGCCUUCCAUACUCCAGAUAAACUCUGCUUCAUCCUGGAUCUGAUGAACGGGGGCGAUUUGCACUAUCACCUUUCACAGCAUGGGGUGUUUUCGGAGACAGAGAUGCGAUUUUAUGCCACUGAAAUCAUCCUGGGGCUGGAACACAUGCAUAAUCGGUUCGUUGUAUACAGAGACUUGAAGCCUGCAAAUAUCCUCUUGGAUGAACAUGGACAUGUAAGGAUAUCAGAUCUCGGUCUUGCCUGUGAUUUUUCCAAAAAGAAGCCACAUGCAAGUGUUGGUACCCAUGGGUACAUGGCUCCCGAGGUGCUGCAGAAGGGGACCGCGUAUGACAGCAGUGCCGACUGGUUCUCCCUGGGCUGCAUGCUCUUCAAACUUCUGAGAGGUCACAGCCCUUUCAGACAACAUAAAACCAAAGAUAAGCAUGAGAUAGACCGAAUGACCCUUACCGUGAAUGUGGAACUUCCAGAUACCUUCUCCCCUGAACUAAAGUCCCUUUUGGAGGGCUUGCUCAAGAGAGAUGUUAGUAAGCGGCUGGGCUGUCAAGGAGGCGGGGCACAGGAAGUAAAAGAGCAUGGCUUUUUCAAAGGCAUCGACUGGCAGCAUGUCUACUUACAAAAGUACCCACCACCCCUGAUUCCUCCCCGGGGCGAAGUCAAUGCUGCAGAUGCCUUUGAUAUCGGCUCAUUUGAUGAAGAGGAUACCAAAGGCAUUAAGCUGCUUGAUUGCGACCAAGAACUCUACAAGAACUUCCCUUUGGUCAUCUCUGAACGCUGGCAGCAGGAAGUAGCAGAAACAGUUUAUGAAGCAGUAAAUGCAGAGACGGAUAAAAUCGAGGCCAGGAAGAGAGCUAAAAAUAAGCAACUUGGCCACGAAGAAGAUUACGCCCUGGGAAAAGACUGUAUUAUGCAUGGGUACAUGCUGAAACUGGGAAACCCAUUUCUGACUCAGUGGCAGCGUCGCUAUUUUUACCUCUUUCCAAAUAGACUUGAAUGGAGAGGAGAGGGGGAGUCACGGCAAAAUUUACUGACAAUGGAACAGAUUCUGUCUGUGGAAGAAACUCAGAUUAAAGACAAAAAAUGCAUUUUGUUCAGAAUAAAAGGAGGGAAGCAAUUUGUCUUGCAAUGUGAGAGCGAUCCAGAGUUUGUGCAGUGGAAGAAAGAGUUGACUGAAACCUUCACCGAGGCUCAGCAGCUACUGCGUCGUGCUCCCAAGUUCCUCAACAAACCUCGCUUGGGCAUUGUUGAGCUCUCAAAGCCACCACUCUGUCACAGAAACAGCAAUGGCCUCUAACGCCCAGGAGCGGGGAGCAUCAUUGAGGAGUCAACGCUGGGGUCUUCAGCCCUUUGAACUCAGCCUUUUGGAGAAGUGUGAGGAUUAGACGUUGGGUUUUCUGACCGCUGGGGCUCCCCCUGGCUGGGAAAACCCAGGGCGCCGAGACACUCCUAAUAGGAGUCAACACCACCCCUGGCUCAGGGUCGGCCUCACUCCCCUGCCCGAUCACGUCUGUUCACACUUGAAACUACUGAAGAAAUGAAAGUUCUUUUUCUUUGCUACACACUUAUUUUGGUAUGAAUGAACCUAGAACUUGGAAUGAUUCCUACUUACCACUGCAAUUUUUAUGUCUGAUAUCAAACAUAUCUUAGACUUUCCAGGGUGGAGUUUAAAAAUCUUCAAUGUUGGGUAAGAGAUUGCCCUAAGUGUUGCCAUAUUUUAUCUAUAAACAGCCACUGCUGAUUUUGUAUGUCUGCUCCAUACUACUGGGGGGUGGGAGAGCAAGUGUGUUUCUUUUGUGCACUUCACAGCUGACUUCCUGUUGCCUUGGGCUGGAGAUAUUU